AGGCAAGCCAUCUUGACUCCUCCUCAUGAAUUAUAUAUCAAGCCAACGUUUGCGUAGGAGGUCGGUCGACGUUCAUUGCAUAUUCGAGCAGUGUAUUUCUGACCAAGCGGGAGGCACAGUCACGUCUCCGCCCUGAUAUGUCCCUACGCGCCCUGCCUCCUCCUUUCCCAGCGACUUUAAUCGGUUAAAAAUGUUCCCUCGGAGCGACGGAGGAAGGCGAGGGUUGAAUGACUACCAGCGGAACAAGUGAGCAAAACCGCCCCUUUGAUGGGAAUCUACUCCGGGUUUUAAAUGUAGACGCGGUCGGUGGAACCAAGUGCGCACCGUUAUUUAUUCCAGGAGGGGCACUUUUCAUUGGCAGAGAUGGAAAGUGUGCAGGCUACAGCUGACGAUGGCGACAAGUUAACGAAGAAGCCCAGCGGAGUGUCCAGUCGCCGCCGGACUCCAGCCGACGACGGCGGAGGACAUCUAGCUCCCUCCCCCGUAGAUGCGAAGAAUGGGAACGGUCUUUCCCACGCCGCCCCCUCAACCAGAAUCGCGGUGCUUAACGGUCGAGGAUUAUCCGGCAACUCCGGCUCCCUGCUGCUAAGACGCAGGCGCUUGAAGAGGAACCUCAGCGCCGCUACAGCUGCGUCCAGCAGCGCCGCCUCCUCCUCGGCUGUCACGGCCACCGCCUGCUGUGGUGCCAAGAUGAGCUCGGCCCUGUCCUCUGCGUCUCUGCACACACGGAGUCUGGACCGCAAGACUCUCCUCAAGCACCGGCAGAACAUGCAGCUACAACUGGCUGAUCGCGAGUGGGUUCGAGCCGAUCUCCACCGAGGCGCCAUCCACGUCUACGACAGACUGACGUCCUCGUAUCCGAGGCCGGUCCUCUGCACCGUGGACACCACAGCCGGCGAGGUCGCCCUUCGCCUGAACAAACUCUGCGGCAAGUCGAGCUCUGUUAUGCGCAUUUUUAGCAAAGACAGCCCCAAGCUGGACCAAAAUGGCAACUGCAGCGUCAAGUAUGAGUACAGUUACAAUCUGUGCAAGGUCAACGAAGACCCCACUAUGAAAUACGACCACUUGUCCGGCCUUGUAGCCACAGAUUUAGGAAGUCACGCGAGUGACAAGAUGAGACUGCUGCUCAUGACGAAUGCAGAUGAGAGGCAAAAGCAACAGGAUGGAAAACUUUUCACCCCAGAGUCAGAGUCCCAAGACAACAUAACUUGCUCACUGUCUGAUUUAAAUUUAAACUCCAACAUGGAUACCCCUAAUGAUGAAUCCGAGCACAGGAAUGGAGUGGACAGCUACGGGCUCAAUUCUGGCUCAGAUGUGGAGAGCAGCACGUUUGAUGACCUGAGCUCAGGGGCCCGACUCAGCGAGCACAGGGACUCCCUCAGUGAUGACAUGAUCCUGGGGACGGAUGCGUCCAUCCUCAGCCCUUCGUUCGACAGUGCCACAGAGGGCAACGAUAUGUACGGCAGUUCUUCAGACGAGCUGGAGCUGGACUGCCCUGCGUCGAGUACGAGCCUGGAUCCCAUCAACCAGCUCCACAGCAAUGGUGCCAGCUACAAGCAGUGUGGCACAGUCUGUCGAAAUGAUGUGACAAACGGCCUUCCGACGAGCAGCAGUGCAGGCUCUUUGUCGAGGGAUAGUGCUAGAUGUAAUACACCUGACAUCCAGGAUCCAGACUGCGGUAUUGACAAGUCAGCGCUGACCUCUGACCGGGAUGGAAGUUCCUGCGACGAGUCCAUCCCCACACUGUAUGUUCAGCUGCAUGGCGUAGCAGUCAGGAGGCUUAGCCCAGAUGAGAGGCCCCUGCAGAUCCAGAAUGACUUUCUCUUUAAGCUUGGAUUUAAGGACCCUUGGAGAGUUCAAGAGGAAGGGCUUAACACAGAAAUGGGCUCCCUGUUACGUUUCUAUGCAGGGAAGCCCCAAAACAUUGAGAGCUUGGAGCGGGUCCAGCUGUCAGGGACGUACAAUGUCCGCAAAGGGAAGCUUCAGCUGCCAGUCAACCGCUGGACCAGACGGCAGGUUAUCCUUUGCGGCACCUGCCUCAUCGUCUCCUCUGUCAAAGAGAGCCAGACAGGGAAGAUGCACAUCCUGCCACUCAUAGGAGGGAAAGUGGAGGAAGUGAAGAAGCACAAUCACUGCUUGGCCUUCAGCUCUGCCGGGCCUCAGAGUCAGACCUAUUAUGUCAGCUUCGACAGCUUCACGGAGCACCUCCGCUGGCACAGACACGCUGCUAAGAUGGUGUCGCAGAGGAUCAACUCGGUCGAUCUGUCCUGCUGCAGCUUGGAGCAGCUUCCCCCCAACCUCUUCUACAGCCACGACCUCACCCAUCUGAACCUCAAACACAACUUUCUGCCCGCUGACCAGUGGCUGCAGCAGCUGCAAAGGUUCUCUCGUCUGCGGAGCCUCAACCUGUCCAACAACCACCUCGGCCAGUUCCCACUGGCCAUCUGUGACAUCCCCACGCUAACGGAGGUCAACCUCAGCUGUAAUUACUUGCCCUGUGUCCCCAUCGCUGUUGGAGCCAUGACCAAUUUGCAGACAUUCCUGCUAGACGGCAACAGCCUGAGCGAGCUUCCCGACGAGCUGGGUUCCCUGCAGAGGCUGUCUUACUUGGGACUCUCCUUCAACCAGUUCAUCCUCAUACCACAGGUGCUGGAGCGGCUGGUUUCCAUGGAGAAGCUGUGCAUGGCCGGCAAUAACCUGGAAACGCUCACCUUGCAGAACUUCCGGCUGCUCCGCGUCAAACACGUGGAUCUCAGGCUGAAUAAGAUCUCCAACAUGAUUCCGGAUGAACCCGACCUACUGAGGCACGUGACCCAGCUGGACGUGAGGGACAAUCGGCUGACGCAUUUGGAUGCCUCGGUGUUCCCCAGACUGGAGGUGCUUCACUGCGAGCGGAACCAAAUCACAAGCCUCAAGGUCAAGGGCUGCCUGCUGAAAGGCAUCUAUGCCUCCAACAAUGAGCUGCAAAGCCUGGAUGUCAGCCCCAUGCCCUCCAAUCUUAGUUACAUGGACAUCUCACGGAACCACAUGGAGUCUUUGCCAGACUGGCUGUGUGAAGCAAAGAAACUGGAAGUUCUGGAUGCCAGCCACAACCUCAUCAGCGAGCUCCCGGCGCGGUUAUUAUGCAGCAGCAGUCUGAGGAAGCUGAGUGUGGGACACAACCAGUUGCAGAAGCUGCCUGAAAGGGUGGAGCGCCCUCUGCUGGAGGUUCUCGACGUGCAUCAUAAUCAACUGGUGGAGCUUCCCUGCAACCUGUUCCUCAAAUCUGUCAGCUUACGAUGUGUAAAUGCUUCAGCCAACAAGCUGGAGCAUCUGCCCCCCUCCACCCUGUCGGAGGAGAGCCACAGCAUCCUGCAGGAGCUCUACCUGACCAAUAACCGGCUGACAGACAAGUGCGUCCCCAUGCUGACGGGCCAUUCGCACCUUCGGGUUUUGCACAUGGCUUACAACCACCUCCAGACCUUCCCUGCCAGCAAAAUGGCCAAGCUGGAAGAACUGGAGGAAGUGGACCUGAGCGGGAACACGCUGAAAACCGUGCCCACCACCAUCAUGAACUGCAGACGUAUGCACACACUAAUCGCCCACUCCAACGCCAUUGAGGUCUUCCCUGAGGUCAUGCAGUUAUUGGAAAUGAAAUGUGUGGAUCUGAGCUGCAACGAGUUGAGCGAGAUCACGCUGCCUGAGAAUCUGCCUCCCAAGCUCCAAGAACUGGACCUUACUGGAAACCCGCGUCUCAACCUGGACCACAAGACCCUGGAGCAACUCAAUAAUAUCCGCUGCUUUCGUAUUGAUCCGCCCCUGACCUUUUCAUCGAACGAAGCACCUGGUGGGCCCGCUGUGUGGAGUCAUGGUUACACGGAGGCCUCGGGCGUCAAGAACAAACUGUGUGUCGCCGCGCUUUCAGUGAACAGGUUCUGCGGGAGCCGCGAGGCUCUGUACGGCGUGUUUGACGGCGACAGGAACGUGGAAGUGCCCUGCCUUCUGCAAUGCACCAUGAACGACAUCCUGGCGGAGGAGCUCCACAAGACCAAAAGCGAGGAGGACUACAUGACCAACACGUUCCUUGUCAUGCAAAGGAAGCUGGGAACCGCAGGCCAGAAGCUCGGCGGCUCGGCUGCUCUGUGUCACAUCCGACAUGACCCUACUGACCCCAGCGGCUGCUUCGUCCUGACAGCUGCCAACGUGGGCAAGUGUCAGGCCAUCCUCUGUCGGAACGGCAAGCCCUUGUCCCUGUCGCUGCUUCACAACGUCAGCCUGGACGAGGAAUACCGAAGGAUCAGGCAGCACAGAGCUAUCAUCACAGAGGACAACAAGGUCAACGGCGUAACAGAUUCAACACGCAUCAUGGGCUACUCUUUUCUCUAUCCAUCCGUCAUCCCAUCUCCGUACGUGCAGACAGUCACGCUCACGCCCCAAGAUGAGUUCUUCAUCCUGGGUAGCCGUGGUUUGUGGGAUGCAGUGUCUCCUACCGAGGCCGUGGAAGCAGUCCGUAAUGUACCUGACGCCCUGGCCGCCGCAAAAAAGCUGUGCACACUGGCACAAGGUUAUGGCUGCACCGACAGCCUCAGCGCCGUGGUGGUCCAGCUCAGCGUGAGCGAAGACUGCUGUUCCUGUUGCUGUUCAGAGCCACCUCAGCCACCGCCCAGCCCCAGCCUGGGCCCUUACCCUCCAUCGUCAUCCUCCGGGAUCAAAGAAAGGCCGUCGGACGGCUCCCUUCCUGUACCACCAUCGUCCUGCAGUGAAAUCAGCAGUGAGAUCAGCACCAGCGAGAUGAGCAGCGAGGUGGGCUCCACCGCCUCGUCUGAUGAGCCCCCACAGAGCUCCCUGGUGCUGCUGCACGACCAGCCCCACCAUCCUCACCUUCACAUGCACCAUCAGGCCCACCCUAUGACCCUGCAGCACCAGCAGCAGGCCCAUACCGUCGCACAGCCCUGUCAGUAUCUGUUCACUGGCCCCGACCUGCCUUCAGCACGCAACUGCUGCACGCUCCACCCGGCCUGCUUGGCAAGCUCCUUCCAACGCCAGCUGUCGAGCGCCACCUUCUCCAGCGCCCUCUCAGACAACGGGCUGGACAGCGAGGACGAGGAGCCCAUCGCAGGCGUUUUCUCCAACGGUAGCCGUGUAGAGGUGGAGGCGGAUGUUCAUUGCCUCAAGCAAGAGUGCUCCCUAAUGCCACAAGCCAGUCAGGAGCGCGGCCUUCGUUCUCUGCCACCACCACCUCCGCCGCCAUGCACCCCUGAGCCCCUGGAAGAAGGGGUGGACAUGAGCAUCGGGGGCGUUGAGAACGGGCUGGAGAGGGAUGAGUCUUGGCAAGGGGCAGGUGACACAUCAAAGGCGGGAUCUGGAAAGAGGAGGGUUAACGGUUCUGUGGCCCGCCAGGAGAAGAGUCACAACCUCAUCGAAGUGGCUGCUGAGGCACCCUCUAAGAAGUCUGGCGGGUAUUUCACCGCUCCGGCCCAGCCUGAUCCUGAUGACCAGUUCAUCAUCCCCCCGGAGCUGGAGGAGGAGGUGAAGGAAAUCAUGAAGCAACAUCAGCAGAAACAACAGAAGCCGCCUGGGCCAGAUCAGCCUGCUGACUACUUUGACACCCCGCUCUAGAAGACCAGCUACAGUCUCAUCUCUCAUCCUGCUGCAGCAUGCACAGAACCCCCCUUCCCCUGUUGCCCCCAUCACCCUGACUACAUGCACCACUGACGAAGAAAAAUCUCCAGACUUGUUUUUUUUCCCCAAACUGCCUUCUUGUUCCUGUGCGUGUUUUUCCUGCAGCUCUGCACUGGAAAAACACGCAGAUGAGCCCUUUAAAGAAACUGGACCCACAGAACAUUGAUUUUUUUUUCUUUCCGUAGACACCCUCAAAUGUGUAACCGAUACUAGUCUCUUUGCAAUAGCAUCACAUGUGUUAAUACCAUCCUACGCUUUGUUUGUUUUCUAAGAACUCACCAUAUCUUUUAAUGUGAAAGCAGUUGCUGACAGAACCUUUUUAAAAGCGACACACAUAAUCUUUUUACUAUGUGGAAUGGUGCACCAGUAAUACCACACGUAACCGUUGUAGAUUGGGCACUUAAAGAUACUGUAUUUCUUCAGUAAGUUGUGGCUCUUAGCCUGUAAAAUGGCAUAGACUUUUUUUUUUUGUAGAAACUCUGAAUACUAACUCCUAGGAGUUGCAUACUCUAUAUGGUGACUCAGUCACUUUUACUAAUCUUCUCUGAGAGAAAUGGUGAUUUUUUCCAAUGAUUGUAAAUAAGACAAAUGUUGUAUACUGAUGCUUUUAAAGGAACUGCGUACCAACAUGCCGGUGAAGGUUUUAACUAGGAGUUUGCUGUUAUGGUGGUUGAACAUGCCCCCCACUUCCCUCCAUCCUCUUUUAUACCCUUUAGACUCACAACACAUACAAUCAACAUACAGAAACACUGAUUUUUAAUCCCCUCUUUGAUUGAUUUUGAUGCCCUGUAGUCAUCACUGUAUCUUAUGAACAUUAAUAGACUGAUUUUUGCACACACACAUACAUGAACACAUGAUAUCAUCCCAGAGCCCUCCGACAGUUACCACCGGCAUGACUGUGUCGAGUUCAGUAAUACAAACAAAAAUAUAUCCACAUGGAAAAGAGACAACACAGAUGUUCCUGUCUUUGGUAUAAUAAAUUUUAAAUUUGUGAAUAUAAUUUUAAAUAUAUGACUUUUUUUUUCCAUACCAAUUUUAAUACUCACAUGCGUGUGUGUAUUUACAUUGAACGACCAGGAGGGGGAAAUCUGCUGUUACUGGAAUAGCUUCAGGAUGAUUACAUUUUUGACAAAGUCAAGUUCAGGGUUUGCCCGUCGUGUUCAUGUUCGCCAUGAUGACACUAUUCUGAUUACUGCGCUUCUUGUACUUCUUCUUCAGACACACGGCAGUGACUGUGGUAAUGACCAGCAUGGCGGCCAGUACAGACAGAGAGGAGGCCAGAGCCAGGGUGCUGUUGUCCUUGAGAGAACCUUUGUGCUCGCAGCUGUCCCCAUAGAACCACCAGUCAGCCCCCACAGCACACCUGAGAUGAGUGAACACACAAGAAUGAAGGUUGGAGAUUAUCCACAUGGCAUACAAUGAUAGCAUUUCACCUCUAGUGAAUGCAAAUCAAAGUAUUGUUAAAUCAAUCAAUUAACAAUACUUUUAUUUGAGUUAUUUGAGUUGUCAAAAUUACCUGUUAUAUGGCUAGGAAUGUUUGUUAAUUAUUGCUUUAGCACAAUUUCGAAGAUGAGGCCUACUGUGCAUGGAUGGGGUCAAGUCAUUUGUCACUUGUCUGAGUUAUCAAAUUAGGCUUAAUUCCCUCACCUGCAAACAGCUUUUCCUUGGUCCAGCACGCACAAACCGUCAUUCAGACACGUCACAUCUGUACACACAUCGGUGGUGGUGGUUGUGGAUGAAGGGGUUGGGAUUGCAGUUGGCAGAGGUUGGCUGACUGUCAGAUGAGACACAUCUAAAGAGAAAGAGGAUGUUUUUCAAUGGGAUUCAAAUGAAGAAAUAAUUUCAUAAAAAGAUGUCAGAUGUCAUGUGAUGAAAGAUUGAUGAAUCAUUGGUGUGGAUGAGGCAAACAUCUAUAAGUGAGAGGCUGGAGGAAUACUAAUAUGGAAUGAUACUAGUACUCAUAUGAGUCGAUAAUGGCCUUAAACUGUAUGGAUAAACAUACUGAGAUGCACAUUUUUAAUCAAUUCUCAAUCAGUUGGCCGUGGGCUGUUAUUCUUCAUCUUACGACCGUAAAGCGGGGCUCUCCUAGGAGGCACAGCAUCUUGAGAAAAAUGUAAGUAAAGCAUAUUUUUAAAACCUGCCAAGCUAUCUUAAGUUAACAAAUUGAUGUGUGCUAUAUAGCAUAGUAUUAUAAUAAUAUAGGACAGGGGUCACCAACGUUUUUCCUUGUGAGAGCUACUUUUACAAAAUGAAAAUGGCCAAGAGCUACUCAUUUUUGUAACAUUUAUUUUCAGAGCUUAUUUUAAACCUAAACUAAGCGAAUAUGCUUGUUUUACCAGAACAUUAACAAAAUGCUGGUGUCCACAACUCACAUUUUGUAUUUCAGAAUGCAUUUCUUUCUACUGUUUUUUCAUUAUUAACUGAAAACCUGAAUGAAAAGCAGGCUUGCAGGCACCUCAUGUGGUCGUGGGGGGCUAGCUGGUGCCCGCGGGCACCACGUUGGUGACUCCUGAUAUAGGAUAUAGUAUUAUAAUAUUUACAUUUUAUACACAAUAUGUUAGCAUAUUUUUUGUGUUAAGCUUUAUUAUAAUAACAUAGUAAUAAAUUCAGAAUAAAUAAUAUGUAUACCCCUAUAGGCAAUAAUUAAUUCCGGUAUACAUAUUCCCCGGCAAAUGUCCAACUACAGCUGGUCAUCGGGUUACGAAGUUCCAUUCCUACGAUCCUACAAUGCAAGUCGAAUAUUAUUAUCUUAACAGCGUAAAUCGAGGAGCACCUGUAUUCUUCCAACUUUGUGGGAACGGUUUGGGGAAGGCUCUUUUUUUUGUUCCCAGUUCCCAGGCCCAGUUGUCCCAAUACUGUGUCCAUACAGUGUAUAUUACUUUCCAACUUUGUGGGAACGGUUUGGGGAAGGCUCUUUUUUUUGUUCCCAGUUCCCAGGCCCAGUUGUCCCAAUACUGUGUCCAUACAGUGUAUAUUACUAUAACUGUGUAAAUUGGUGCUUUUACCCUCCAUGCUGAGGAGAAAGAUGGCGUCCCCUCCCUUGAUAAAAUCCCUGCUCUUUGCUCUCAGGUGGGUGAGGUACACCGCAGUACCAGAGCCGGGUCCACGGAAAUACUUGGACCCAUCUGUAUCUGUCACCUCAACGCCCACCUUGCGAGGGUCGUCCCAGAAGAGCUUGUUGGAGCCUGAUGGACAGGGUGAAUGAAUGAAGUCACCAAUAUAGAACCAAUAGAUUGGUUCAAUAUGUAAGCAAUGGGAACCUGUGGUCUUCUUGGGAUCUGUGGUGACGCUGCGCUGGUUGGACAUGCGCUUCUGGAUGUGCGGGUGCUGGUCCAUGAGCAUCAUGGUGAUUUGUUUCCAGGGGCAAGGCCAGGUCUGCCCGAUGUCCCCUGCCCGGGCCACCAGAUUAGCGUAGGCUGACAGCUGCCCCGUGUAGUCGGUUUUACCGCUGGGAUAGAGUUUCAUCUGGAAGGUGUAGCCCUCCUUGGAGGUGAAAGGCGGGCUGAAGAUGGCCUUGUUAAUGGGGGUGUUGUCCAUGACGUGGCUGAAGUUCUUUACGCGCCAUACGAACUCUGGACAUUUUGUCUCUGAGAUGUUGAUGUCAUCCAGAGAGAGUCCACCUGAUGAUGGGCCUGUGCCUUCUUUGGUGCCCUGAAAGACUACACGGAAUUUCUUUGUGACGUCCAGGCUGAUGUGGUGCAGCUGCCACAGGUUCUGAGGGGGUCCUGUUCCAUCACAUAACACACUUUGUUGCUAAGCAUGUGGACACAUGUUAUGCACAUGUAACACUGAGUGAUACCGACCAUCAAUGGUGGUGAUGAAGCGCAGUUUCCCGGCAGGGUUGGCGCUAUCAUACUCUCGAACAGAGAUGUUCAGCUUGUCCUCGGGGCCGCCACUGUUGUAGAAGAAGAACUGCAGACAUUGGUAACCUCUUUUGGGGUACAGCAUUCUGCUCUCAAGGUGGGCCGUGUCUCCAAUGUUAGAUGCGCUUGUGUUGAAGUGCAUGAAAUAGCCGGAGCCUAAAAACACACGCUUUUUACUGUCACAUAACCAAUAAUGCUUCCUUCUCCAAUAAAGAGCUAAUUUUAACGUUUGUUAUUGUGGUUGUUUGGAACUGUACAUCCUCGUUACCACAGGUGUGGACUUUGACUUGACGACUCAGACUUUGACAUCAAUCAAUUGGGACUUGAAAAUACUUGAGGUUUUAAGUGAAUGUGUUAAGUAAAAUGUGUCCCCAUUCAGUGUAUUCAGCUAACGUGAUAGUUGAAUCGUUGAUCGUUCCUUGUCAUUUUCCCUUUGAAUCUGCCUCAUUGAAUGCAUCUUUUAACAUCCAAUCGUUUGUUUAAGAACAAACAACGAUUGUGCAGAUUACAUUUCUGUGCACUGACUAAAUCCUGAAUGCUAUGUCAGGACUCAUUUUUUUUCUGUGACUAAAAGACUUCAAAACAAUUCAAAAUGCAUUCAUUGUAUUUGUCAAAUUUAAUAGAUUGUUACAUUGGUAAAAUGGCAUUUUAUUUUGGAGGCACUAAACAGUGCUUAUUUCUUGUAAGGACGUGAAAAUGUCAAGUCUAUGACUUUGGACUUGAUUCGACCUUUCUUGUCUUGACUUGAGACUUGACUCGAGACUUUAGACAUGCAAAGCACUGACUUGGUCCCACCUUUGCUUAUUACGAAAUGCAUUUUUUGUAACCAAAAUACUAUAAACAUUUCACAUAUUACUAUAACCACAAUAACAAACAUAAGUGGUUCCCAUAAAUUCAAAUUUAUUUGUGGAAACUCGCCACAAAUAAAUUUGGACUGCUACAAGUUUGCAUGUUCUCCCCGUGCGUGUGUGGGUUUUAUCCCACUGUUUUCCUCCCACAUUCCAAAAACAUGCAUGUUAGGUUAAUUGGCGACUCUAAAAUUGUCCAUAGGUGUGAAUGUCAGUGUGAAUGGUUGUUUGUCUAUAUGUGCCCUGCGAUUGGCUGGCGACCAGCCCAAAGUCAGCUGGGAUAGGCUCCAGCGUACCCCCACAACCCUAAUGAGGGGAAGCGGCAUAGAAAAUGGAUGAAUGGAUGGAUGGAUAUGUUAGUGGAGCUUGUUGUUCCAACUUCGUACAGUAGUUGGCAUUGUUACUCUGCUUCUCGACACACCUCAUACGCACCUGGUCCGCCAGAGAAUAACAAAACGUCACACGAGGGAUCAGUGUUACCAACUUCUACCAAUAUUUAUUGCUAUACACUAAGUCCCCUACUAACGAACAUCCGAAGUGCGAACACUCGUAGAUACGAACACAAGAAGACUGGUCUAUUUUUUUCAUGAUUUUUUUCUAAAAUUGCCAUAUUUUGUCAUUUACAUUUUUUUGAAAUACAAAGGCGCUAUUUUUGUAUUGCGCACCAUUCCGCCGCUACGAAUGGUGGGUGGCAGCAUCCCUCUCGCGCAAUCUUUCUCAGUUCGUCUGCACUUGUCGCUGAUAACAUCUUGGAGCACGCCGUUUGUAGGAAACAUUGGCAGGAAACGUCAAGCAAUUUCUAUGGAAACGAAGGUGGCCAUCAUCAGGAAGUUGGACGGUGGCGAGAAACUGGCUAAUGUAGCGCGUGCUUAUGAAGUGAAUCGCUCAACCAUAGGAACAAUUUACAAAGGCAAGGUUCGAAUUAUGGAACAUGUGAAGACUUCUGUACCAAUGGCAUCCACUAUCAUUACAAAGAGGAGUCUAACGACGAUGAAGAUUUGUCCUUUCUUCAAUAAUUCCUCCUCCCGCUCCACCACUACCACCAACGAUGUAUGCUCGACCACUGCUCUUCAAAGGUAAAUAACAUUUAUCAUUACAUAUUAUUAUAUCAUUUUUAUUAUUGUUUUUUUCAUUAAUUAUCCUCGUUUAAUAUUACUACUGCAUCCAAACUCAUAUUUACAUACAUACGCAUAUAUGUAUAUGUAUACACGUACAUGUAGUACCUAUAUCAUUGGUAAUAUUACCUUUUCCCCUACUUAAGAACGAUCCGACUUAAGAACGGUUGUCUGGAACCAAUUGUGUUCGUUAGUUGGGGACUUAGUGUAUUUGGCAAAUGUAGCAACUUUCUCUGGUUUUACUCGGCCGCGUAUCGCUCUUUUGUGCCGCUCCCCUCCCUCUCAAAGCACUCACAGGUUGCUCCAUCUUGCUUGUUUUCUAUUUUUGUACACAUUUGUUUUGUUUUCAUGUCUUUUGGUCACUAUUUGUCUCACACGCACAUGCCAAUUAUGCAAAGCACCACAAAUAGGUUGCAGUCCUGUGGGAAACACUGCACAUAGUUACAUUUAUACCUUAUAUUAAUUGCAUUGUCAUCUUUGUAAAGGCAGAAUAGUUGAAACUGGUCUUGUAUUAGCCCUCAUUUGACUGUGCAUGUGUACCCAUUCAAGUGUCCAGUGUGUUUAUAAUCACUGAUCUUGCCUCUCACCAGUGCAUUUGCCCAUGUUAGAGUAAUCUGUGUCGGGCCCGCCUGCCGCUGUGGCCACCCUGUUCCAGUCGGCCGAGUCCCCUGGUCCUUGGAUCAUCCCGCAGAUGUUCUCACGUUCAAAAUCACAUGAGUCCAGAAAAGUGGAUCCUUGAGCUGGAAGACAUGCAACCUUUAAACGGCUAUAAAGUGUUUUUUUAUAUGCAGCAUGUUGUAAAGGCGGCUGAGCUUAAGCAAGUCGUUGUCGCUGAACUCCAUCCUCUGGCCAAUGACGUCGCUGAAGGCAGCGAUCUUGGUGACGAUGGUGGGCUCGGAACCAUUGCUGAAGGCCGUCUUGCUGUAGUGCAUCAUGGAGC